AUGUCUCAGGACAAUUUGAAUGACGAUGGUACCACAGCGAAGAAUACUACGCAGCCUGAUAUUAUAGUGGAAAGAAAUGGCAUAGAGAAGACUAAUAAAAGUGAAAGUGACGACACUAAUGUCUUGACAACAGAAAACAAAAAGAACGAUCAUGGUGAAAAGGAUGAAGCUCUUCACAAAGACUAUAAAGAAUCCAAUGAAGAACUGAAUAAAAAAGACACCCUAGACUCCUCAGAUGGGCCUGAUGUUGAUAUCCCAGAGGCGGAGUCCACUACCGUCACCGUUGGCGAGGGAACUUUAAAUGGACAGCUUGAUAACAGGAAUCUGAAAGAUAGCAAUCCUGAUAACAAUUUUGCUGAUACACAUGUAAAACCGAAUACCACAAACGGUAGUGAAACUUCAAAUCAAGUUGAGAAUAGUAAUCUCACGUCUACGCCUUCUCUUCAAGUUGAAGUGAACCUGAGAAUGCCUUCGAUCUCAUCGAGCCGAAAUGAUAGCCAAACUGGGCAGCAGUCUACUACGUCGAUCACUACAUUUAGUGCAACUGUGGACAAUAUGGGGAUCUUUAAAAACACGUUUGAACUGAUUCUUAAUAGCAAAGAAUCGAAGAAGAAUGAACAAUUGAAAUCGUCUGUUCAAAAGGCUCUUGAUUCCUUAAAUGCUCUGAAUACGGCGGAACCUCGCCUAUUACUUGAAGCAUUGAAAAUAACAUGUGAAAGUUCUAAUAAUGACUUGAAAUCAAAAGCUGUCGAUACUUUUGCGAAGCUAUUUGACUUUGUUUUAUUUAAUGACGAAGAAGAAAAAGUUAAAUUAACUGAUCAAGCAGUGGAUAUAAUAUCGGCUUGUUUUGAUGGUGAGGGUACAGAUCCAGAAGUCGAACUACAGGUAGUACGUGCACUUAUGCAUAGUAUUUUACUUAUGCCGUGUCAUGGUGCUUCCUUAUUAAAGGCAGUAAGACAAAUUUACAACAUCUUUAUUUUUUCGCUAUCUGCUAGAAAUCAAUCAGUUGCGCAAGGGAUUUUGACCCAAGUAAUAGGUGCGAUUUUCAGAAGAAUCGAUGUUGUAGCCCUUGGAAAGGGAAAGGGUAGCAAAACUGGGAGCAAUACAAAUUUCAAGACUUCUAGAACUGUUAGCCGUGAGCAGUUGGAUCUGCCGAUCGAUGAAAAUAAGGAUGAUGAAGUAGAACAAGCGUUAACUUUGCGAAAUCUUGAAAAUAUCAACGACUCAAGGAAUGACAAUGAUCGUGUGAACGAGGCAAAUCAAGCGUCAGAAAAGGACGAAGACUUAGCAGUCAAGGAUGCAUUUUUGAUAUUUAGAGCUAUGUGUAAACUUUCUGUGAAGCCUUUGGAAUCCGAUACUUUAGAUAUGAGAUCUCAUUCUGUCAGAUCUAAAUUGCUCUCCUUGCAUAUUAUUCACACCAUACUAAGAGAACACAUAGAAAUUUUCUUAAGUCCAGAUGUUGUGAUUCUUUCGUCUAGUUCGUUGGAAAGAACGAGACUUAUUAAUACGGUGAGACAAUAUAUUUGUCUAUCUUUAUCACGCAAUGCUGCUUCUUCCUUGGCCCCCGUUUUUGAACUUUCAUUGGAAAUAUUUUGGAUCAUUAUAUCCAAUUUAAGAUCUGAAUUUAAGAGAGAAAUACCUGUGUUUUUGGAUGAAAUAUAUUUUCCGGUGGCAGAAAUGAAGACAUCAACUCCACAUCAAAAGAGAUAUUUAUUGUCAAUUAUUGAACGAUUAUGUAAUGACUCAAGAUGUAUUAUCGAAUUUUACUUGAAUUACGAUUGUGAUAGUAGGAUGCCCAAUAUUUAUGAAAAAAUCGUGGACUAUUUAACCAGGUUAUCUUUAAUCCGGGUAGAGGUCACUUCACAACAAAAAUUGGCUUUCCGAGAGAACAAGCGAAGAGGAAUUUCAGUUUAUGAUAUAAGUAAAAUUGCUAAUCUUACAAGUAGCACGAUGUCCUCAAAACCUCCUGAGCCAGAUGUUUACAAUUUAUUUCCAUUAGAGUAUGCUCUUAAAAUGACCUCGAUCGGGUGUAUUGUCGCAUCUUUAAGGUCUUUAUACUCAUGGGCACAUAAGGGUAUAAAUUCGAGCCAUAGGUUAAAUAUGCCAUCACUCAAGCAUGAUUCGGGUGCUUCACUUGAUAGAAUUCGCACAGAGACUCUAGAAUCCAGUAAUUCAAAUGGAAGUGAUAAGGUCAAUUCCAGUACUAUCACAGAUUCUGUAAACGAAUCGGAUGAUCCUGAACAAUUCGAGAACUUAAAGCAACGCAAGAAAGCCUUUUUAGAGGGUAUAAGACAGUUCAAUCAGAAAGGAAAAAAAGGAAUUAAAUAUCUCUUGAAGGAAGGUUUCAUUACAUCUGACGACCCCAAAGAUAUAGCUAGCUUUCUAUUAGAAACAGAUGGGAUUGAUAAAGCAUCUUUAGGUGAAUUCCUUGGUGAAGGAGAGGAACAAAGUAUUGCCAUCAUGCACGCAUUUGUCGAGCAGAUGGAUUUUACAAAUUCAAAUUUUGUGGAUUCUAUGAGAAGAUUCUUACAAGCAUUUAGGUUACCUGGUGAGGGUCAAAAAAUUGACCGUUUCAUGUUGAAAUUUGCCGAGAGGUACGUUUCUGGUAAUCCUACGAUUUUUGCUAAUGCUGAUACUGCUUAUAUUCUUGCUUAUUCUAUUAUCAUGUUAAAUACUGAUUUGCAUUCUCGACAAGUGAAAAAUAGGAUGACUUAUGAAAACUUUGUGGCUAACAAUUCUGGAAUAGAUGACGGUAAUGACUUGCCUCGUGAGUUCUUACAGAAUAUUUACGAUGAAAUUUUGAAUAAUGAAAUCAAACUACAAUCAGAGCAACAUGCUGCACUACUUUCUGGUGAUAUUCCAUUGCCAUCAAGUACUUCUAUAGGAUUUUUUGGAGGGCGUGAUAUAAACAGGGAAGCUUAUAUUCACGCAUCCAAAGAAAUGUCUACUAAGACUGAGAAGCUAAUGAGAAACCUUGGUAAAAAAUCAAAGCCUGAUGAUUCUUCUAGCGGCAUAUUUUAUGCUGCAUCUCAUAUUCAUCAUGUUAAGUCUAUUUUCAACACCAUGUGGAUGUCGGUCUUAGCAGGCUUAACACUGCCAUUUAAGGAGUACGACGAGGAAGAUGUGACCAAAGUUUGUCUUGAAGGAAUAAAAAUCUCGAUUUAUAUCUCAUGCAUGUUUGAUUUAAGUUAUGCAAGAACUUCAUUUGUCGGAGCAUUGGUUCAAUUUGAAAAUUUAAAUAAUUUUGAAGAAAUGAAACCUAAAAAUGUUGAUGCAAUUCAGAUUAUGCUAGAGGUUGCCGUUACACCUGAUAUAUCUUUGAAAACUUCUUGGAUUCAAAUUCUCACUGCAAUAUCACAAUUAGAAAGACUCCAGCUUAUCGCUCAAGGUGUAGACCAAGACUCAAUCCCCGACGUAUCUGUCGCGAGAUUGGUGAACAGAGGUUCAAUUGAUAGCAGCAGUACAGUUUCAACAAGUUUCUUCAGCCUGCUUACUGGCCAGCCGACUGCCUUGCAAGCUGCCUCUAAUAAAUUUCACAAUCAGCAUUUGAACCAACAAGUAGCCCAAUUAUUGACUAAAACUGAAUUAGAGGUGUCAAUCGAUAAAGUGUUCACAAAUAGUGCUUCUUUAUCCGGAGAAAGUAUUGUUGACUUUGUUAAAGCACUAUCUGAGGUCUCUUCAGAGGAGAUAGAGUCAUCAGGUGCUAGCUCAAAUCCUCGUAUGUUCUCGUUGCAAAAAGUCGUGGACAUCUGUUAUUACAAUAUGAGCAGAAUUCGUUUGGAAUGGUCGAAAUUAUGGUCUAUUAUGGAGGAAACAUUCAAUCAGGCGGGUUGCAAUCCAAACCUGGCUAUUGCGUUUUUCGCUUUGGACUCGUUAAGGCAGCUCUCAAUGAGGUUUUUGGAAAUUGAUGAAUUAUCUCACUUCAAGUUCCAGAAAGAAUUUUUAAAACCUUUUGAGCACGUGAUGAUCUACAGUGGCUCAUUGGAAGUAAAAGACAUGGUUUUAGAGUGUAUCAAUAACAUGAUACUCGCAAGAGCAAAUAAAAUCAAGUCGGGAUGGAAGACCAUUUUUGGAGUCCUUGCAGCUUCCGCAAGAGAAAACAAAGAAUCUCUAGUUAUGAAAACAUUUAAAAUGGCGAACUGGAUUAAUAAGGAAUACAUUGAUGUAAUCCAUUCCCAAGAGUGUUUUGCAGAUUUAGUUGUUUGCUUCACAGAAUUAGCUAAGAAUGAAAAAUUUCAAAAAGUCAGUCUCCUUUCUCUUGAUGUUUUACUGAAAUUAAUUAAUCAAGUGGCUAAAUUCAGUUUUGGCGGCUCAAAGGGUCAAAGCUUGUCUGUCAAUGGUUCCGAUGAGAAGCAUAAAGCUUUAAACGAUAAAUUAGUCAAAUUAUGGUUUCCAAUUUUGUUUGGUUUUCAUGACAUUAUUAUGUCAGGUAAAGAACUUGAAGUGAGAUCAAGAGCACUGUCAUAUUUGUUUGAGCUUUUACUACAGUAUGGACAGUAUUUUGAAUAUGACUUCUGGGUUUUGAUUUGUCACCAGUUACUAUUCCCUAUUUUUGGCAUUUUAAAUACGCACUGGAGCUUAAAUGCUGAAGACACAAGUGACACGCUCUCUGUAUGGCUUUCAACUACAUUAAUCCAAGCUUUAAAGAGUAUGAUUACACUCUUUACUCAUUAUUUCGAAUCAUUAAGCAAAAUGCUCACAGAAUAUUUUAAUUUGAUCAUAUCAUGCAUUUGUCAAGAGAAUGACACUAUAGCAAGAAUAGGUCGAGAAUGCUUGUUUGUUUUGUUAAUCGAUAAUGCUACCAAGUUUAAUACUGAACAGUGGUCAGAAGCUACAAAAGCGUUUUCGACCUUAUUUGACUUAACCACAGCAAAGGAGUUAUUCACAUCUGACCCUCUUCGUAAUCAAAAAUCCGAAGAAGAUGAAGAGCUGGUUGAUUUUGGUUCUAAGUUGGAGCUUAAUCGUGCAAAUGGAGAAAAAUCAAACGACAGCUUAGACCGAAAAAACAAAGAAAAGUCUUCAAUCGUUGUUAAAAGUGUGUUACAGCUUUUGCUUAUCCAAACUUUAUCUGAGCUUUUUGAAAAUGACGCUUUUUACGAGGCUGUUCCAUUUGAUUCCUUAGUAGAUAUGGGCUCUUUGUUGAAACAAAGUUAUAAUUUUGCGAAACGCUUUAAUGAUGACUACGACUUGAGAGUUAGGUUAUGGAAUGCAGGGAUAAUAGAAAGAUUACCAAAUUUAUUGAAACAAGAAUCAUCCUCAUCAGCAGUUUAUAUAAAUAUCAUGUUCCGAAUGUACUGCGAUGACGAUAAAACUAAUUCCGAGUCGAAGAAAACCAUCAUGUCAUCAAUAAUUCCUCUUUGCAACACUGUGACAGAAAGAUAUUCUGAGUUCGACGAAUCUAAUCAACAAAGAAAUAUCUCGACAUGGAGGCCGGUCAUUGUGGAAAUUUUUCAGGGGUACGUGGAAUUGGACGAUGAAGAUUUUAUACUUUAUGCCCCAGUUAUGUACACAUUGACUUUGAGACUCCUUUCGAGAAAUAUGACAUCCGAUUUGAGGUCUGCCAUUAGAAAUUUUUUGAGCAGAGUUGGAGAAGAUUUUAUUAAAGCUAACUUAAAUUCUCAAGGAUAA